GACAGUGCUUCUGCGCGCGUUUGUCUUGUGCUGGACUGUAUUAUAAUUCAUCUUAACCGUCGCCUUUCGUUCAGCCCUACUGUUUGAGGAUACGUCUGUUCUGUGGCACUGACAUUUCUUUGGUAGAAUCUCACCAAAGAGCGCAGUGAAUUCGGUGCCCGGCUGCCAAAGCUGUCUUUGAAUGUGGGCUGUCAUGUAGUCCCUUUGAGGGCCCCGUUGCAAUUUUAGUUCCUGGAUAUGCGUCACGACUGGGUAUUUUCUCUGGCGACUAGCUUACAUCAGUAGGUCUCCUAACAUACGUGCUAUCGUUGAGUGACUUGUGAUUGAUGGGAGUUUCGCCUGCUGUUUGGCUUAAUUCGUGACCUCAAAGAAUGGACAACAGGAAUUUCAAACCAAAGGAAUGCUACGAAUGAAGGGAGAAAUGGAGCAGGGAAGCUGAUGAAAGGCAGAUUCAAGGCACCCAGUGCCUGAGGCAGCAAAGCAACCCCAAAACAUCAAUGAGACUCCUCCGUGUUUCAAGUGGCACAAAACAGCAGAUGGGUCAUUUCACCGCUCUGACUGAGGAAUCCCUCCCUCUGCCUCAGUAACCUGCCCUGGCCUGUAAGUCACAGAGACCUGCGGACCCCAUUGUCACUCCUAUCUACAAGAUCAAUUGGGAACCAUCACUAGCAGGAGGGCAGAUGAUGUGUGGAUUUGGCAGUAAUGAAGUGAUUGGAUUGAGUGGCUGCUUCCUUUCUAGAAGACGCUGCUGAAGUAGACAGAAAAAAGGAAUGGAUUUGUGAGAGUAAAAUGAGCUUUUGCUUUAACUCAUUUUAACAAAAAAAAUUGUCAUAAGGAAAUAAACACCCCUUAAGUGUUUGGAAUGUAAAACAAGAAAGAAAGUGGUCCAAUGUCAAUUAAAGAAAGUUUUAAAAAUACGAUACAUCCUAAGAGGAACAUCUUGUGGAAUAAUCUAAGGAACUCAUAAUGGGAGGACUGUAUGUUUAAAGACCAUCCUUGUGGGCAAAUAUGUGACAUGUCCUCUUGUUUUAAAGCAGUUUAGCAAACAUAGAUUUGAUCUUUGGGGAAUAGUGUCGAAGAUGGAGCCGCAUGAAUCUGCUGCUGGGCAAAAAUGCACCAAGGAAAUUAGAGAGAAGAACCUAAACCAGAGGAGGUGGGUCUCAGAACCCACUGCCAGCUCAAAAAGAAGCAGUUUUGCUGAUUCACAGGAUAAAAGGCAUGUGCAAUGUGAUGACGCUCUAAGUAGGGACAGUGGUGCAAUCAGCCAUAUGGAAAGAUGUAGCCCUGGGACACCGCCAUCUCCUGCAGUUAGUCAUUCAUCUCAUGAAAGUGAGAUCCAUCAGCCUUUGCCCAGUGCUUUCUCACACCAGUCUCCACAUUCUUAUCCUCAACCGCCUGCACGAGAGACAUUCCCAGUGGGCACAAAGCCACGGCUGCAAACUGGCAUGGACACACAGGGCUGGACCUUUGCUGGCCAGCCGCAGUUACGCAUGUCAGAUGAUUUGUACCAGGGGCGCUCCCGUGGUCGCGGGGCAGUGUUCUCCCGCAGGAAGUCCCCCAGUUUCUCUUUCAGCAAGCACUCCCAGUCUGGAAAAGAGCAGCUGGAGGACACACACAAGAAAGAGCAAAGGCCUAAGAAGCCUGGGAAGUACAUUUGUCAUUACUGUGGGAGGGCAUGCGCUAAACCUAGCGUGCUUAAGAAGCACAUUCGGUCACAUACCGGUGAGCGCCCCUAUCCAUGUGUUCCUUGUGGCUUUUCUUUUAAAACCAAGAGCAAUCUAUACAAACACAGGAAAUCUCAUGCCCAUGCUAUCAAAGCAGGACUUGUACCAUUUUCUGAAUUAACAUCCACACGUGUAGACACAGAUCAGACAUCCCCACUGGGAGAAGGGGAGGUGCAUUCAGAUGGAGAACAGAGCACAGAUACCGACGAGGACACAGGUGAAGUGUUGACACUCUUUGGCAAAAGCAGCCCCCUGCCCCACAUGCCCCUUGAAGCCGACAGAAGCACAACAGGGAAAGAUGUCAGUGAGACAUCUUUUGGUGAAGAAUUUUCUGGAGAUGGAGCCAGGGGCUCUGCAAAUUUGCCUCUCCUAAUCGUCCCAAAACAGGGGAUUCUGGUGCCAGCUGUGCAGUGUUCCAAGCUGACAGAAAUCGAGGUACCUCCAGUCAGUCCCCGAGAAGGAGGUGGAGAGGAAUGCCACACUGUCAAACAGCGGCUUGCUCUGAGACUACAUGAGAAGAAAGGACAGGACUCAGAAUCAUCAUUCAACCUCCUGAGCCCUCACAGCAAAGGCAGCACAGACUCUGGCUACUUCUCCCGCUCUGAAAGUGCUGAGCAGCAAGUCAGUCCACCUAUCACAAAUGCAAAAUCGUAUGAGGAAAUCAUGUUUGGAAAGUAUUACAGACCUAGCCCCAGGCCUCGGCAGUCCAUUACAGUGGGGAUGGCAACUACAGCCCACAAAGACAUUAAUGUAGCUGACAUUACUGGGAAACGAGGCGUUGUGCAGAAACUAGCCAUGAGUGAUAUUUCUGAUGAUCACAUAUCCCAUCAUUACGCAAAAGACAAAAAUAUAGUUGACUCUGCGAACCUGCAUGCUAACAUAUUUUUAAGAGGAAACCUUAUAGGGACACAGAGGAUAGAAGGCUUCAGCCAAAAACAGUACCCCCUAACACAUUGCCAAGUCAACACUGUUCUCGAGGCACCUUCUGAUACAGGCUCGCUAAUAAGAAGCAAUUCAAUGCCUACGUCCUCUACAGGUAAUCUCGACAUUCCACCAGGUUUGCGAGGGAGCCAUUCAUUUGAUGAGAGGAUGAAGGAUGAAGUUUUUUAUCCAGGUUCUGGAGGUCUGAGGAGGUUGAGAAGACAAGCUGCUUUUGAACUCUCAUCCCAUGAAGGGCAUGCAGAAUCAGACACUCAGGGAACCAUUUUAAAAACCACUGUUCUUCUAUCUGGAGCAGCAAAACUAGGGGAGCAUAGUCCUCUUGUGCCAGAGUUGAAAGGCUAUAGUUCAUACAGCACUAAAGUCGGAAUGGAGGGUUACCCUGAAUUUCAGCUACAACUCAUGCACCAAAGGCAGGCUAUGGAAAGUGCCACCAGGAAACGCAGGAAGGAAAAGAGUGUUGGGGAUGAUGAUGACAGUCCCAGUCAUUGCAGCAGUGACCACAGCAGCUCAAUAGAAAUGCUGGGAUCCCCUGAGGACUGUGAUUCAAAGCUACUGAAUCAAGACCCAUUAAGGGCUACGUCUACUGGGAAAGGACACAUCCACAGUGUAUACAGCCAACUAGACAGCAUUGACAUUGGCACCAGAAUGUCAUUGGAGGAUAGGAUGCUCAUUCAAGACCCUGACCGAAAGGCCACAGGCAACGUCAUUUCUGUCAUUCAGCACACAAACUCUUUGAGCAGGCCUAGCUCUUUUGAAAAGUCAGACUCUGUUGAUCACUUAUGUUACCAGCAAGGCAAGCCAUCUAGUUUCUAUUGUGAGCAAUCUGACUCAGAAAACACUGAAGAAGUGCAGAGCAUGGGUCCAGUCUUGAGGUCUGAAAGCAUGGAGCAGCAACAAAGUGAUUGCAAAACAGUCCACACUCCACACAGACUGGUCCGUCAAUCCAACAUCCAAGUACCAGAAAUAAGAGUGACUGAGGAGCCUGAAAAACCAGAAAAGAGCCCAGAAGCACAGGUCAAAGAGCCUGAGAAGCACGUGGAGGAGUUCCAGUGGCCACAGAGAAGUGAGACACUCUCUCAGCUUCCCGCAGAGAAGCUGCCCCCAAAAAAGAAACGCCUGCGGCUGGCUGAAAUUGAGCACUCCUCUGGGGAAUCUAGCUUUGAGUCGACCUGUACCAGUCUCUCCAGGAGCCCCAGCCAAGAGAGUAACCUGUCUCACACCUCAAGCCUCUCUGUGUCAUUGGACAGAGAGGAAAGCAUCAAGUCGGCUUCCCCAGUGAAGCAGGAAGAUCUUGGGAGGCAAUCUGAGUUCCUGACAGUGCCAGGACUGACUCAGCAUCAGCAGAGAGAGAUGAGGCGCUCCUCCUCAGAGCAAGUACCUUGCACUUUGCCUAUAGAGAUCCCAGGGAGCCGGAGCAAGUCAUUUGACUAUGGAAGUCUUUCUUCCUCAUCUAGACAGGGUGAAAUCUAUGCAAGUGCUUCAUCCAUGAAGGAGCGGAGACGGGGAUACCUGGUAAGACAGGCAUCCUUAAGUGUUCACCCUGAAAGUGUGGUGCAAGACAAAACCUUGGACGCUAAGCAAGAGCAAUCUGAACAAAUGCUUAAUAGUCUUCAUCGAUCACAUCCUGCUUGGCAGAGUGCUCCCUUGCCUUUACUUGGUACAGAUUGUGAUGUAUUGGUUGCUGAUGUAACAAGACACAAGAGAACCAUUCAUCCAGUCCUCAGUUUACAUACCCACCCAUUGCAGCUUAGCAUCAAUGAUCAAUCGGAUGGUCAUUUGGUAACCCAAAAAUUAUCACACUCACCUGGUCAGCAGCCUUCAGGAACAGACAAUGCAACUCAUGAAAUUCCCAGUGGAGAGGUAGCAUGGUACUCCUCCCUUCACAGUAGCAUUGCACAACCACAGUUCCUGCCAUUUCAGCCAGGCAUCCUCUGGCACCAAGAGUCGACAAAAAGACACAAGCAGCACACUCCUCUCCAUACACAUCAGCUGCAGAAAAUGCAAAUCAAGCCAUCUUGUGUGCUGCAGUCUCACCAGAAACCUCUCCACUCUCCUCAGCUGCCUCAGAUUCAGGAGCAGGUGGAUUCCAAAAUUCUCAGCUGUAGGUCCGACCAGAGCUACUUGUAUACCCCAAAAACUUCUCCCUACCAGGUUAGCGAUCUAUCAGGAGCAUUCUCCAUGAGUCCACUUCUGGUGCCGCUGAGUCAGGCAUCACUGCCUGGUAUAGUGGUACCUGUUAGAGUUCAGACUAAUGUACCAUCUUAUGGGAGCCUGAUGUAUACUAGUGUUUCACAGAUGUUAGUCACCCUUGCCCAGGGUGGAACGAGUUCCAGUAUGGUCAUGUGCAAUGUGUCAGACGUCUUUCAAAAUGCACUCCCCAAGCCUGGAAUAAGUCUUUCUCCGAUAUUAGCUGAGCCAGAAGGGUCUUCACACUAUCACUGUAAAGUAUCAGAACCUAUGCCAGUCCAUAUAAACACAGGAAUCCCUCUGUCCUUGACAUGCGGAACUAUCUCAACCACAGAUGCUUCAAGCAUGGGGGGCAACAAACGCAUGUUGUCACCAGCCAGCAGCCUGGAGUUCUUCUCAGAGAUCAAGCAACAGAAAAGAGUGAAGGAGGAAAGAAUGUACGGUCAAAUUGUGGAGGAACUGAGUGCAGUGGAGCUUAGCAAUUCUGGCGCAGCAAAUGAUGGUGGCGAGUUGCAGAAAACAAGCCCUCAAAAGGAUGACAUCUCUUCAAAAUUAUUUUCCCUUUAUACUGAUGAGGCAUGCAGGAGUGGUCAUAGCACGCCUCCUCGACCAAUGCUCCUGGACAGUCCUGAAGGAAGGGAAUCUCCAGAGAAGCUGGAGGUAGAUGAACAAGCCUGCGAAGAGGGUCAGAGCUCAACUCUCUCCACAGAUGAUGCUGAAGAGGUCAAACCGGUGGAUAAUGACAAGACACCUGAGACAAUGCAGAUGGAACAUCCUAGUGAGGGCGGAAGCUUUUUGCUUACCAGCAUUCAACAGGCCUCCCAAUUCCUGAGCCUUCGCACAUCUACAAGUGUGAGCUGGUGCUUCUUGAAUUACACUAAGCCGAACAAUGCUCAAACAGUCUCUCUCUCUUCUGUCUAUGCCUCAUGGUCCGUGAGCUCUUAUAAUCCAAACCCACCAAGCCUGAGCACAAAAGCAGCUCUAGCACUUUUGUGCUCCAAGCAGAAGAAGAACACAGCAAUUUAUACAAUGGCUGCCAUGUAUCAACCUGGAAUGGGAAAACUUGUGUCAUCCUACUUCUGUACGCAGAAAUCUGACCAGGGGAACCAAGAGCUUAUGCAGUUGAACAUAAUUAAGUCUGAGAAGAAAACAAAGGGGGUCAGCUGUCGUGAAAGAGUGAAGGAGGACCACCGAGAGAAAGAGGUUUCCCAAAAGCAGGCUGAACCAACCCGCAUCAAAAUCUUUGAAGGAGGGUACAAAUCAAAUGAAGACUACAUUUAUGUGAGGGGUCGUGGCAGGGGGAAAUACAUCUGUGAAGAGUGUGGGAUUCGCUGUAAGAAACCUAGUAUGCUGAAAAAGCACAUCCGCUCUCACACUGAUGUCAGGCCAUACGUCUGCAAGUUCUGCAAUUUCGCUUUCAAGACUAAAGGGAACUUGACGAAGCACAUGAAGUCCAAAGCCCACAUGAAGAAGUGCUUGGAGCUGGGAGUGCCAGUGACAUCUGUGGAGGAUGCAGAGGUGGAAGAGCCUGACAAUGCAGAUUAUGAUCAGAAGGAUUCUGGGAAGGUGGGCAUGUCGGGUGUUGUGGCAGAACACCAGUUCUCAGAUGUCGAUGACUCAGAAGGCCCAGAGGAUGAUGGGGAUGAGAUUGAAGAGGAUGAUGACGAUGAUGAUGAAUAUGAGGGAGACUCCACCCCGAGAACUCGCUCCAGGAGUGCAAGCCCUCGUCCCAACACAAUCGCAUCUCUCCCCACCUCCCGGGACCCUGCUACCGAAUUCCCUGGCUCCGCCCCCAAGCCCCCUCUCUUCAGCUACUUCCCCACCCUUCCUAGCAUCCAGAUCACACAGCUGGCAGGCGAUUCCUGUAGCUCCGAAAGCCAGGUGCACCUACAGCCGGCCCGUUCAAAUAAAGAGCAUGGGAAAAACUUGGACAUACAAAGCUCCAUAGAGGAGGACAUUAGCUCCACCUCCUUCGACACCCCCCUGUCCCACCUUUUGUCUCCAACCUGUGGCUCCUCCCCCACCAGAGAGUCCUCCUCCCCCUCCCGCCGGUACCUGUCCCCAAAGAGGGACCUAUCCCCACGAGGAGGCCUGUCACCCCGACGCGAGGCUUCCCCCCUGCACCACAUUGCACCCAAGAAGCGGGACCUGUCUCCCAGGGCCCACCUCUCACCCGCACCCCUUGGCAGGCCCCUGUCCCCUGGGAGGGAUAUCACCGGCAAGCGGGAGCUAUCACCCAGGAGCCGCCACAGGGGCAUGAUCCGGACUGUGUCCCCCAGACGGGGUUCACAUCACCACAGCGCCCCCUGGGAUCUGGGGCAGUACCUGCUGCCUGAAGCAGGGCAACUGAACCAGGAAAAGAGGAAGAGUCCACUGCAGGGAAUGCGGCUCUCUGGGGAGGUGACGGGUAGCCAGGAUUCCACAACGGUGGCUCAGCGGGGGCUGUUCAGCCACCUUCCCUUGCACUCCCAGCAGCAGGUGCGAACACCCCUCCCCAUGAUCCCCAUUGGUGGAAUCCAGGUGGUCCACUCUGCCACCGGCCCUGCCCAGCCCGCGCGGCUGCCCCUGCGGAGGGACCAGUCGGAGGAUUCCUCCGCCGGCGAUGUCCCAUCCCAUCUCCCGGAGAGCGGGACCAAUACGCAGGCCACGGACGGAGCACCCAGGUCACAGGAGAAGCUCGUUUCAUCCGUGGCAGCUCCAACGGCAGCCUGCAGUGCAUAUAGCUCUCCCCAGGAUCAGGUGCUUGAAGUGGGGGGUGAAGAAUGCAGACAGGAUGAGAGCAUUCAGACAUGCACCAGGGCCAUCGCAUCUUUGAAGAUUGCUUCGGAGGAAGCCCUCGAGAAAGCCACGGAGGCUGUCAAACUCCAUCCUCCUUCUCCUCACAAUCAGAUUCCCUCAGAGGACAUGCAGGUCAGAAUUCAGAACGUUAGUGGCUCAGAGCAGGACAGUUCUCAGGCAGACAUGUCGGCCCCUCCACCGGAAUCUCUUGGCUCUGAAAAGGACAAGCUUGGUACCCCUGAAACUUCGUUGGGCCAUAACACUUUCUACUGUAAAAGUGCCAUUGAGAGACAGUCAGGUCAACAGGGCCUCAGGGAGAUGCCAAAAAGCACAAAGACGGGUAAAGAUUCUUCAAAAGAAACUAUGGAAUACAGGUGAACCGAAGGAUUAAAGGAGAUUUGAGUGAAAACAUUCACACAUACAAAAACUUGUCUUUAAAAAGCAAAUUUACAAGAAAUUAUAUAGAUUGAAUCUAUUUAUAGCAUGCCUAUUAUAACCUGGUGUGUUAUUUAAAGAUUUGUUUUUAUUGAAAGUUUCCAAAAUUAUGUUAACUUAUAUAUGAGCCUGACCAAAAUUGAGAAUGGACUUUUCCUGUGUUUGUUGUUUAGUAUGGUACUUUUAAAUGAACUGACGUUUGUGCCUUUUUGUUACUUUUUUGCUUAUAUUCAUAUAAGCAUACUAAGCAGGUCAAAAUUGUAAAUAUAUGGAGUUUGUGUAUUGGCUUUGUAAUAAAUGUAAUUUUUCUUCUUUAUCAGCCGUCUGGAUGAUGUGAAGUAUCAAUGCACACAAGGUUGCACUAAAAACAUAUUUUUAUAUGAGUGAAGUUGAUUUGCUUGCGUGUACAGCAGCUGUUCUGUAAUAAUUAUUUAUUGUAACACUUUCAUAAAUUGUACAUUUUUCUUAAUGUUGUGGAUGCCUUUUUGUAUGUAACAGAUGGGUUUUAUUAGCCCAUUUAGAAAAAAAUGUGCAUUCUGUAAAAUUGCUUUAAACAUUAGAAAUGUCUAUGCUUCUAUACAUAUAUAUAUAUAUAUAUAUAUAUAUAUACACUUAUGCCUAAGUCCUAUUCACACUGGACUGAUUUUCCCCAUCUUCAUGGUAUUUAUUGACCUUUUCCUCACUUGGGUGCACUUUUGCAGGAUAUGCCUUGGGUUUUUGUUUUCUUUUACUUUCCUACAAUUUUGCCAAUUGGCUGCGUACUAUCACUUUUGAAACUAUUGGUUAACAAAAUUCUACAUAGCAAAAUUAUAUUAUAUUUUUAGUAAAAAAAAAUCUAAUAUUGAAUAUACUUAAUAUAUGGUUAUUUACGCCAUUAUAGUGUGUGAAAGAAUAUUAAAUUGAUGCUUAAAACCUGUAAAUAAUGAAAGCUGCAACACGUUAUCACCCUGACUUUUUUCCAGAGGAAUUCGCACAUAGGUAUGCUAAUUCAAGUGUGGAAGGUUAUAGAGGUCAAGUUAUCAUGUAAAAUACCCUGGAGGGAAGUCUGGAAAGCUAGUUCUGGGUAAAUAGUACUUUAGUGUUAUACACUGUAUACACUGCACUUGUGAUUAGAUCAACAGCUGCAUAUGGUAAUUUUCUUAUAAAUGCUUGAAAAUUAUGUAUCUUGUAUUUUUGCCAGAUUGACCUCAACUAACUGUUAGUUGAGGCUCAAAUUUUAGAAGUGUUCUGCAUUAAAUGAAUGAAUGUGCACUUUUCCCCCCUUUUGCUCUGACUGAAAUAGUGGUGAGAGUAUUAAAGGUGUUUGGUUUUAUGUGAAUCACAUCACACUAGGUACUUGGUUUAUUGAAAGUAAAGGAAACAUUCCGGCUAAUGUAAAUCAUCAUGUGAAUGAUUACACACACAACAUACUGUACGUAUGUGUGCAUGAAAAGAGCUUGUGGGCAAGAAAGCUGAUCACCCUCUCUGCAAGCCUAGAAUUGUCAUUGCAUAAGUCUAUGUCUGAAAGGGAAAGGGAUUUAGACAUUAUACAUCAAAUUAUGUGUAACCCACCAGUAUAGUUGUCUAUAUUCAUAGAUGUUUCUUUUGAAAUUAAAACAUUUCAAAUUUGUUUGAUCUCCACUCAGCCCAAAGUAAUUUUGGCCAUGUUGUCAGAGCACACCCUCAUGUGCAUGUACAGUACUCUGAUGUGUGUGUAUAAUCAGUAAUUUUAUUCGGUUUCAUUUUUGUUACCUUUCCCUGGUAUUUGCUUCACUGUAUUAACUUGUUUUUAAGAAUGGAAUAGUCUUCAAUUGGAAUAAAAGCACAACUGUGGUUAAAAAUAAAUGGGAGAGAAAAAAUGGAGAUUGAAAAAGAACAGGAUUUUUGAUGAAAAAAGUUUUAAAUCAUUGGUACAGGUAAAAAUGAGAUUGUUUUAAAAAAUAACACUAUUACGGUAAAUUGCAUGUUACAGUAUGUAUGCUCAAUUACAUUUAUGUAUCUCUUACUAUGAUAAUGUGUUAGGGGCUGGAGUUUUUACCUCUGGAAGGGAAAUAUCUCUGUUACAUUAUAUUUAUAAUAGGAAAAAAGUUGACAAUAAGUGCUACUGUAAUCAUAAAUAUAAAUAUUUUGUGUAUUUCACAGCUUGAUGUGUAAAUGUGGAGAAAAUCCAGAUAUUACACUUUAGUAUAACAGUGCUACCCUUUGCACAGUCUUCUGUCAAUCAGGAGUUCCAUAUUUAUAUGUAUUUUUUUAUUUUCCCCCCACGAAGACUUUGAGAAUUAACUUAGAAGUUACAAUACUGCAUUCUGUCUUUUUUUCAAGUUUUUAAAAAACUCCUUUGAUGCACAGGGUUCCUGUCAAAGUUUUAUCUUUGAUCAAUCCCAUGAUGCCAUGUUGUUUGCAGAAAAUAAUUUUGCAACCACUUUCAUAUCAUUGUUGCUCUCCUGUUUCUAUGUAUUGUAACGUAUACUUAUCUGUGAUCCAGUAAGGGUACUUACAGUCAGCAUUCUGAUAGUUUUAUGUGUUCAUUGCUAAGACCAGUGCGCCUUUCAAUAUAGACUACUUUAUAAUCCAUACAGAAGAUGUAUGUUACGCAGAUAUGCUCUGACAUGACAUUACAUUUGUUCCUGUGUUCUGUGAAUUAAUGCUGUUUGGUGCUGCUCUCACUGGAGUUUAGGUUUGGGAUGCUAAUACGAGAAUCUGCGGUCCUUCAUUCUGAAAUAUAAAUCUUUUUUAAUGUC